UGGCGCUUACACCGACGUCCCCAGUCCGGAGCGCGGCGAGUGGUGGGUGGUUCUGGGGAAGUGGCAGGGGGCGACGGCGGCCGCUGCCCCGACUUCCCUCGCCGGUGCACUGAAGAGGACCCUCAGAGCUGCUCCGGGGCCCCAGGCGCAUGAGGAGCGCGCCUCGCACCUGAGAGACUGUGCUGAAUGGCUCCCUUGUGUAGCUCGUCCACGAUCACGGAGCGAGAAGGAGAGUGCCAUUGACACCCCGGGAAGGGUGCCCGGGUGCUGUGGAUCCUUAGUGUGAUACAUGAUCCAGGAAGCGCUCCCCCCUUUCCCUCCUUGGCACUUGCCCCACAUGACAGGAAGGCGAGCUUCUGGUUAGAAGACACGUGCCCAGAGUCCAAGGCCUUCUGCCCACCAUGAAGGGGACCUGCGUCCUUGCAUGGCUGCUCUCCAUCGUGGGGUGGUGGAGACUCGCCCAGCCGGAAUCAGACGCAUCUCAGUGCCAGAGAGCGGAUCACCCAGUCAUUUCCUAUAAAGAAAUUGGCCCCUGGUUACGGGAGUUCAGAGCGAAGAAUGCUGUGGAUUUCUCGCAGUUAACAUUUGACCCAGGACAGAAAGAACUUGUUGUAGGAGCAAGAAACUACCUCUUCAGGUUACAGCUCGAAGAUUUGUCUCUGAUCCAGGCUGUGGAGUGGGAGUGUGAUGAAGCCACCAAGAAGGCCUGUUACAGCAAGGGCAAAUCCAAGGAGGAAUGUCAGAACUACAUCCGGGUGCUUUUGGUGGGUGGCGACCGGUUAUUUACCUGCGGGACCAACGCCUUCACGCCUGUCUGCACCAACCGCUCGCUGAAUAACCUGACCGAGAUCCAUGAUCAGAUCAGUGGCAUGGCCCGCUGCCCCUACAGUCCCCAGCACAAUUCCACGGCUCUUCUGACGGCCGGCGGGGAGCUGUAUGCCGCUACAGCCAUGGACUUUCCGGGACGGGAUCCCGCCAUUUACCGGAGCCUGGGGAUCUUGCCUCCACUCCGCACGGCGCAGUAUAACUCCAAAUGGCUCAACGAACCAAACUUCGUGUCGUCUUACGACAUCGGAAAUUUCACCUACUUCUUUUUCCGAGAAAAUGCUGUGGAGCACGACUGUGGGAAAACCGUGUUCUCCAGGGCUGCCCGCGUCUGUAAGAAUGACAUUGGGGGCCGGUUCUUGCUGGAGGACACCUGGACCACGUUCAUGAAGGCUCGCCUGAACUGCUCCCGGCCCGGGGAGGUCCCCUUUUACUACAACGAGCUACAGAGCACGUUCUUCCUUCCUGAGCUGGAUUUGAUCUACGGCAUCUUUACCACCAACGUGAACAGCAUCGCCGCCUCGGCCGUGUGCAUCUUCAACCUGAGCGCCAUCUCCCAGGCCUUCAACGGGCCCUUCAAGUACCAGGAGAACUCACGCUCCGCCUGGCUGCCGUAUCCCAACCCCAACCCCAACUUCCAGUGUGGCACGGUGGACCAAGGCCUGUACGUGAACCUGACAGAGAGGAACCUGCAGGACGCUCAGAAGUUCAUUCUGAUGCACGAGGUGGUGCAGCCGGUGACCUCGGUGCCUGCGUUCAUGGAAGACAACAGCCGCUUUUCUCACAUGGUCGUGGACGUGGUACAGGGCAGGGACAUGCUGGUCCACAUCAUCUAUCUGGCCACAGAUUACGGCACCAUUAAAAAAGUGAGGGCGCCCCUGGCCCCGGCUGCUGGCAGCUGUUUGCUGGAAGAGAUCGAGCUCUUUCCCGAGCGGCGGGGACAGCCCAUCCGGAGCCUGCAGAUCCUCCACAGCCAGAGCAUCCUGUUCGUGGGCCUGCAGGAGCACGUGGCCAAGGUCCCGCUGAAGAGAUGCCCGUUCUACCUCACACGCAGCGCCUGCAUUGGGGCCCAGGACCCUUACUGUGGCUGGGACAUGGUGAUGAAGAAAUGCACGAGCCUGGAGGAAAGCCUAAGCAUGACGCAGUGGGAGCAGAGCACCUCCACCUGUCCUACGAGGAAUCUCACGGUGGACGGGCACUUCGGCGCAUGGUCUCCGUGGACGCCCUGCACGCACACGGACGGCAGCGCCGUGGGGUCCUGCCUGUGCCGCACCCGCUCCUGCGACAGCCCGGCCCCCCAGUGCGGCGGCUGGCAGUGCGAGGGCCCCCGCAUGGAGAUCGCCAACUGCUCCAGGAACGGAGGCUGGACCCCCUGGACCUCCUGGUCUCCCUGCAGCACCACCUGUGGGAUCGGCUUCCAGGUGCGCCAGCGGUCCUGCAGCAACCCCACUCCCCGGCACGGGGGCCGGGUGUGCGUGGGGCAGAAUCGUGAGGAAAGAUACUGCAACGAACACUUGCUGUGUCCCCCGCACAUGUUCUGGACAGGCUGGGGUCCCUGGGAACGGUGCACAGCCCAGUGUGGGGGCGGCAUUCAAGCUCGCCGCAGGACCUGCGAGAACGGACCUGACUGCGCAGGCUGUAAUGUGGAGUACCAGCCUUGCAACACCAACCCGUGCCCCGAGCUGAAGAAGACCACACCCUGGACGCCCUGGACACCCGUCAACAUCUCAGACAACGGGGGCCACUACGAGCAACGGUUCCGCUAUACCUGCAAAGCCCGCCUGCCUGACCCAAACCUGCUGGAAGUGGGAAGGCAGAGAAUCGAGAUGCGGUACUGUUCCAGCGACGGAACCAGUGGCUGCUCCACGGACGGUCUUUCUGGGGAUUUCCUGCGCGCUGGGAGGUACUCCGCCCACACUGUCAACGGGGCCUGGUCAGCCUGGACGUCGUGGUCACAGUGUAGCCGUGACUGCAGCAGGGGCAUUCGGAACCGGAAGCGAGUUUGCAACAACCCCGAGCCCAAGCAUGGGGGAAUGCCGUGCCUGGGCCCGUCCCUAGAAUACCAGGAGUGCAACAUUUUGCCCUGCCCAGUGGACGGCGUCUGGUCUUGCUGGUCUCCCUGGUCAAAGUGCUCGGCGACGUGUGGUGGUGGGCACUACAUGAGGACGCGCUCGUGCACAAACCCAGCCCCAGCCUACGGAGGGGACAUCUGCCUGGGGCUGCACACGGAGGAGGCACUGUGCAACACACAGCCCUGCCCAGAGAGCUGGUCGGAGUGGUCAGACUGGUCUGAGUGUGACACGUCUGGAGUCCAGGUCCGUGCCCGCCAGUGCAUCCUUCUGUUUCCUGUCGGCAGCCAGUGUUCUGGAAACACCACCGAGAGCCGGCCGUGUGGCUUUGAAUCCAACUACAUCCCAGAAGUUUCUGUGGCGAGAUCCAGUAGUGUAGAAGAGAAACGAUGUGGGGAGUUCAACAUGUUCCACAUGAUUGCCGUGGGGCUGAGCAGCUCCAUCCUGGGCUGCCUCCUUACACUGCUCGUCUACACCUACUGCCAGCGCUACCAGCAGCAGUCCCAUGACGCCACCGUCAUCCACCCUGUUGCUCCCGCCCCUCUCAACACCAGCAUAACCAACCACAUCAACAAACUGGACAAGUACGACUCGGUGGAAGCCAUCAAGGCAUUUAACAAAAACAACUUGAUCCUAGAGGAAAGAAACAAGUACUUCAACCCGCAUCUUACCGGGAAGACCUAUUCUAAUGCCUACUUUACAGAUCUCAAUAACUACGAUGAGUACUGAUAGCUGUUCUAUUUUUGGCUUCUCGUAAUCCCCCAUUCCUCAAGGCCUAUGCUCCAUGACUGCCCAUGUCUCCAAGACUUCAUAGAUGAAGUUUGGAUACAUUUCAAGUGCAUUUCAAGCCACGAGUGUCCCAUUGCUGCCAAAAGCAGACAUCCCGAAAAGCAACAAAAAUCUAGAUAUGAUGUCGUGAAAGUCUGGUCUAAACGCUUGAUCAUGGUCAAUUGAGCCAUGGCGUGAAGUUUUGUUUAUAGUUUUUUUUUUUUUUUUAAUUGCCGUUUGGUCCAUUUUUCUAACAACUCUGUUGUUUUCUUGUGCUUUUUAAUAAAUGUACCACCCACAUAGGAAGGAGGAGUCUUUAGAAAUAGGAAUGUCUUCCUGUUCUUGAGCAUAAAUCUUCAUGAUGUUUUUAUUCAAGAAAAUAGACACUUCCGACGAGAGUCCCCCUCCCGCCACAAAGAGUGUUGGGUCCGUAGUAUUUGGUAAAAUGAGGGCUAGGAAUGUGGCUGUAUAGUUACUCACCACGGAUCUCCCAUCUUCCCAACCUGGAUAAUUCUGUGGAAACCUCGGAAGCAACUUGUGUGUUUGGACUUGGAAUGGUUCUCACCUGGGCAAGGGCAGGGAUUCACCCGAGCUUGUGUCUGUGGAGGUGAUGAUGGCAUGAGGUGUGACACCCUCAUCCCUCCCUUAGUCUUGAUGCAGUGCCGGUGUCACCCCCGGUGGAGCUGAGCGUAAAGACCAGAGGCUCAGACAUGACGAAGGGUCCAGCCUUCUGUGUGAUGCUGCAGGGCUAGUCGCCAUAUUCUCGCUUCUGGAUUUCCUGGCAUUCCCGGGAGCUGCCUGUCACGCACUUGGCCCAGAAGCCCACCGGUCUGGUCCUGGAGAGCCAUGUGUAAAACCACCACUCGCUCACCAUUUGGAUAACCUCCUCCUCCUCUCCAUCCCUGCAAGGAAAGAUCGUGAGCAUUCAUGACACCAAUGAGGGAAGGUAUUAGACAAUACUUUGAAAUAUAAUUGAAACCAGCUUUUUUUUUUUUAAUUUUCCAUGUUAUAGAAAGGAUCAAAAGAACUGACCUUUAAGGAGAAGCAACUUUGUAUUUUCUGUGUGCUGAUAGAACUAGUGUGUGGCCAUCAGCCCCUUCCCAGCGCAUUACUCAUGAGUGAAGCUGGCUUUCUGCAGCCUGUCGAUGUACAUAUUGGCGUAAGCCCCAAGUACCCAGCUGUCAUUUGCUGCCUCCGGGUCAGGUGAGGAGGACACAUUUCGUUCUGGUGCCUUGUGUUUCUAUCUCUCUCAGUGCUGCCCUCUCCUCCACCCCCUCCCACUUCUCCCUGCACCGAGGCAAUUGCAUUUCAAGAUGUACCUUGAGAAAGCAGGAAAGUAAGGUUUUCAGUGAUCCCUGCGGUUCUGAGCAUUGAUCACCCUAAGCAUUUCAGAGUGUUAUAAUACUACUCAUAGAAGUCCCUGGAAAGGCAGGGAAAAAAAAAAAAAAAGCAGGAGAAAUUAUUCAUAAACAACUGAUACAGUUGGUUGAAUAAUUUCCG